GUCGGCGCGCGCGGCGUGCGGGUUGCGAGUGGCUGCGGGCGGCCUUGGCUGCCGGGGCCGACGCCUGCUGCGAGAUGGCGAUCCUGGGGGCGGAAGGCUGAGGGCGGAAGGCUGAGGGCGCCCGCCGCGGGACGAGGAGGCGCCGCUGCCCAACCCCGGCGGCCGCGAGCCGGCGGCUUCGCGCCUGCAUCUUGAAAAAAGUCCGGAUAAAUCUCUUUUUGUGGGGGAGAUACCACUAAAGUGGAAAGAGUACUUUUUCCUUCUGGAAUCUGGAGUGGAAUGCCUUACAGAAAUGUAAGGAAUAAGGGUUGUCUCUUCACCAGACUAUGAACUCCUUGAAAGAAAGAAUCGUGUGCUACUCAUCUUUAUAUCCCCAGUGUCUAGCACAGCUCUUGAUACAUAGUUUAAGCUGAAUUUUGGAACAUGGCCACUGCUUCACCAAGGUCUGAUACUAGUAAUAACCACAGUGGAAGGUUGCAGUUACAGGUAACUGUUUCUAGUGCCAAACUAAAAAGAAAAAAGAACUGGUUUGGAACAGCAAUAUAUACAGAAGUAGGUGUAGAUGGAGAAAUUAAAAAAACAGCAAAAUCCAGUAGUUCUUCUAAUCCAAAAUGGGAUGAACAGUUAACUGUAAGUGUGACCCCACAGACUACAUUGGAAUUUAGAGUUUGGAGUCAUCAUACUUUAAAAGCAGAUGCUUUAUUAGGAAGAGCAACUAUAGAUUUGAAACAAGCUCUGUUAAUGCACAAUAGAAAAUUGGAAAGAGUAAAAGAACAAUUAAAACUUUCCUUGGAAAACAAGAACGGCAUAGUGCAAACUGGUGAAUUGACAGUUGUGCUUGAUGGAUUGGUGAUUGAGCAAGAAAAUCUAUCAAACUGCACCUCAUCUCCAACCAUAGAAAUACAGCAAAAUGGUGAUGCCUUACAUGAAAAUGGAGAGCCUUUGGCAAGGACAACUACCAGGUUGGCCGUUGAAGGUACUAAUGGAGUAGAUAAUCAUGUACCUACAAAUACUGUAGUCCAAAACACAUGCCAUUCGUAUAUAGUUAAUGGAGACAGUGCACCUUCACCUCCAUCUCAGGUUGCUGCCAGACCCAAAAAUACACCAGCUCCAAAAUCACUCUCAUCUGAGCCUACCAGUGACACCAUUAAUGGAGAAUCAUCCUCAUCUGCACCAACUGAUAAUGCUUCCGCCAUGGAUAUUCCUGUAGCAUCUGAAGAAACCACUUUAACUUCAAAUUGCCCUAGUGCUACCAUAGAAGAUCCUCCCAUUCAACAGAUAGUGGCUUCCUCAGAACACAGUGAAAGUGUUCCUUCCUCCAGUGCAGAACUGGAAUCUGAAGCUAGGAGCAUAUUAGACCCUGACUCCUCUAAUUCUGGAAGUAAUGCUGCUUUUGACAAAAUUAGGCAUCCAGAUGGGUGUAUGGAAUCUAUACGACAGCAAUCUGGAAAUACCAACACAGAAUCUUUGCCAUCAGGGUGGGAACAGAGAAAAGAUCCUCAUGGUAGAACCUAUUAUGUAGAUCAUAACACUCGAACUACCACAUGGGAGAGACCACAACCUUUACCUCCAGGUUGGGAAAGAAGAGUUGAUGAUCGUGGAAGGGUUUAUUAUGUGGAUCAUAACACCAGAACAACAACAUGGCAGCGGCCUACCAUGGAAUCCGUUCGAAAUUUUGAACAGUGGCAAUCUCAACGGAACCAGCUACAGGGAGCUAUGCAACAGUUCAACCAGCGAUACCUCUACUCGGCUUCAAUGUUAGCUGCAGAAAAUGACCCAUAUGGACCUUUGCCGCCAGGCUGGGAAAAAAGAGUGGAUUCAACAGACAGGGUGUAUUUUGUGAAUCAUAACACAAAAACAACUCAGUGGGAAGAUCCAAGAACUCAAGGUUUGCAGAAUGAAGAACCCUUGCCAGAAGGCUGGGAAAUUAGGUAUACUCGGGAAGGUGUUAGGUACUUCGUUGAUCAUAACACAAGAACCACAACAUUCAAAGAUCCUCGCAAUGGGAAGUCAUCUGUAGCUAAGGGUGGUCCACAGAUUGCUUAUGAGCGCAGCUUUAGGUGGAAACUUGCUCACUUCCGUUAUUUGUGCCAGUCUAAUGCAUUACCCAGUCAUGUUAAGAUCAAUGUGUCCCGGCAGACAUUAUUUGAAGAUUCCUUUCAACAGAUUAUGGCAUUAAAACCCUAUGACUUGAGGAGACGAUUAUAUGUAAUAUUUAGAGGAGAAGAAGGACUUGAUUAUGGUGGCCUAGCAAGAGAAUGGUUUUUCUUGCUUUCACAUGAAGUUUUGAACCCAAUGUAUUGCUUAUUUGAGUAUGCGGGCAAAAACAACUAUUGUCUACAGAUUAAUCCAGCAUCAACUAUUAAUCCAGACCAUCUUUCAUACUUCUGUUUUAUUGGUCGCUUUAUUGCAAUGGCACUAUUUCAUGGAAAGUUUAUUGAUACUGGCUUCUCUUUACCAUUCUACAAGCGCAUGCUAAGUAAAAAACUUACUAUUAAGGAUUUGGAAUCCAUUGAUACUGAAUUUUAUAACUCCCUUAUCUGGAUAAGAGAUAACAACAUUGAAGAAUGUGGCUUAGAGAUGUAUUUCUCUGUUGACAUGGAGAUUUUGGGUAAGGUUACUUCACAUGACCUGAAGUUGGGAGGUUCUAACAUCCUGGUGACUGAGGAGAAUAAAGAUGAAUAUAUUGGUUUAAUGACAGAAUGGCGUUUUUCUCGAGGAGUACAAGAACAGACCAAAGCUUUCCUUGAUGGUUUUAAUGAAGUUGUUCCACUUCAGUGGCUACAGUACUUUGAUGAAAAAGAAUUGGAGGUUAUGCUGUGUGGCAUGCAGGAGGUUGACUUAGCAGAUUGGCAAAGAAACACUGUUUAUCGACAUUAUACAAGAAACAGCAAACAAAUAAUUUGGUUUUGGCAGUUUGUGAAAGAGACAGACAAUGAAGUGAGAAUGCGACUAUUGCAGUUUGUCACUGGAACCUGCCGCUUACCUCUGGGAGGAUUUGCUGAGCUCAUGGGAAGUAAUGGGCCUCAAAAAUUUUGUAUUGAAAAAGUUGGGAAAGAUACCUGGUUACCAAGAAGCCAUACAUGUUUUAAUCGCUUGGAUCUACCACCAUAUAAGAGUUAUGAACAACUAAAGGAAAAACUUCUUUUUGCAAUAGAAGAGACAGAGGGAUUUGGACAAGAAUGAAUGUGGCUUCUGGUCUUGGAGGAGCACUUGGAUUUAAAUACCCCAGCCAAGAAAAAUUGCGCAGAUAGUGUAUAUAAGCUGUUCAUUCUGUACAGUGAAUUGUCUGAACCUCUCAAAAGCAUAAACAUUUUCCGUUCUUCCACAGAAAUAUGCAAAACAGUUCAUUUUCUACUUUAUUUAUUAUUCCCUUGAAAUGACUGGGAAAAAGAUCAUCCUUAAAUUUUGAAGCAAGAGACUUUAUUAAAAAUAAGUAUGUAUCUAUAUAAGCAUAUAUGAUAGUGGCUCUAGUUUUAUAGAGCUCCAGGUGUAUUAAACAUGACAGCUGUUCAUUCACAAAGAUCUGAAUUUGCUUUACCUUGUCUCUAUGAUCCAGGGGAAAUGUGCAAAUUGCUCCAUGUUCUUCUCCCUUAUGUAACAUCUCCAGAGGGUGUUUAGUUGCGUGCCUAUUUAGGAAGGUAUUAAGGGCUUAGGGCAAAUCUUGAGUGUAUUAAAACAAUGCUGCUGGAUUUUCUGAAGACAGGUACUUGAACCUGUCAUUUUGUUUUAAAUAAAUCCAAUAGUGAAAAAUUUCCCUCUUUGCUAAAUCAGUGAUACAGUAAAAGUAAUGAGUGAAACUAACUUACAUGGAAGUCACAUACUCGAUCUAAUAACAUUUACUUUGUUAUGGAGGUUGGAAAGAAUUCAUUGAGCAGUGUAGAGGUUUGUUUACAUGUUACUUUGGGAUGAUAGUUAUUUGUGAAAUUAAAAAGAAUUGACUACUCCUGUUUUUAAAAUCUGUGAUUCUUUAAAUUUUAUUAAUAGCAAAUUGAUGUAGUUUGAUACUUAGGAACAUAUAAAAAGGUAAUGCGAAAUUUGCCACUUUUGUUCCUCUUCAAAGUUUUGGUUUUAUAAAAGCAAAUAGAGUGAAUGAAACGAGAUGGAUUGAAAAGUUACAUAAACAUUUGAACAUUCAUUAGAAGACUAAUGAUUUUCUAUUAGUGUUUGAAUGUCUUCAUUCUUUUUAAAUUCAUGAAAAUUCUGUAUCUGAAAAAGCAUUACCCCCCCCUUUUACAUAGAUCAUUUUAUUUUUAUCCUAACAAUACUUUGUAUUUCAUUAUAAGGGCAUUUAUUGAGCUACAAAGAUGUAUAUAACAAAUUAAAAUCUUAUAUGAAUGAUAUUAAUUCUGCUUUUAGCAAACUGGGCUUCCUAAUACAAAAAUUUUAAUUUUCAAUUUUAAUCACGCUUUCAAAUAUGCACUGUAAAUUUCAUUUAAAAAAUUUUUAUAACCAUGGAACUGACUUCUUAGAAUGUUAUCUGUAAAUAUUCCACUGUUAAGUGCAUGUGGAAAAUACUAGUAUACAAUCUAACUUCCAUAAACACUAGUUUGCCAAAAUUUUAUUUUUCUACAUAUUGAACUGUGUUCUGAAUUUUUACUCAAAAUCCAUAGUAAAUAUGUAAUAAAGGCAGUGACACACUUAAUGGAUUAGAUUCUUUUCCCAAAUCCUAAGUACAAACAUUCUGGCUUUUUUUUUAUGUGUAUGUCAGGUUAUACAAUAGGCUGACCAUUGUUCAGGAGGAUUGCUUAAAGUGUUCAGUAACAGGCACACUCACAGUACCACUGGCAUAUGAAUUUUGUUAUGACAGAAGUAACCAUUCAGGGGAGGUGUGAGAGAAUGUAAGUCAGCAGAUCUGACAGAGAUGGCUUUCAGGUAGGGUUUCAGGGUGCUGGUCCCUCUAGCAAGAAAUUACCAUGCACCAGGUUAAAGCUUCUCAGAGCCCACAAGACUAAACCAGCUUACCAAGGAAGACUUAAUUUUGGAGACGCCAUCUCAUCGCCACAUUUCAUACCCUACUGUAGAUUAUCUACUCCCUGGCAGUCAGAACAGGUAGAGAAAUGUGAGUGCCACUUUUUUCUUCCUCCUUCUUAUAAUUGAACUGAGCUGGAACAGCCAGAAAGGAAUUAGAAGUACAAGGCUCACUGUGCCUGGACAUAGCUCAUGACUGAGCAGGAGAUGAGAGGAUGCUCAGACAGGUUCACGUUGCUGCUUCACUUUAAUUUAGACACCUCACCAGCAUCAGUGGGAGAGGGUCACAUUUUCAUCACUCACGUCAGUUGUCUGUCUUCCAGAGAAAGAACCUAUCAGUACUUGGUGUUUUUUCUGUACUUCUUAAACAGUUAAAAGUAAAAAUGUUAACUGCUGACAUCACUUACCCAACCUGUGUCAUAUUACCCUGAAAACUGUAUGGGACAGUAUGUGUCGACAGGGAACUUCACGCCUGUUAAAAAUGACCCUCACUGAGAAGUUGCAACUGGACAGAGAAAACUCCAGAUAUGUAUAGGAAGCUCUAACUGGGUUUCUGAGAGGGUGAAAACCUGGAACUGCCUGUCCCUUCUGAGGACUUGUCACUUGGGGAUACGAUGGUUCAUAGUUGUGUGGAUGCUGUGCUACACGAGACUGCUGUUAAAAAGUCGUCUUCUGAAGGAGGCCCAGUGUUGCUCUGCUGGCCACUUGUAGUUCUUACCCAGCUGCUUUCUGAGUAAACCACUGCCAAGCUAAAGCCUGCUGUAGGCCUGCUGAGUCCUAAUGUUUGAAUCCAGAACAAUGUGGUAGACAUUGCAGAAUAUCUUUUGUUGAAACAUGUAUGAGAAAAUAAAAGUUCUCCAACACUC